GAUGCAGAAUCUGCUGGAGGAGCGCGCAGAGAAAAAAACCUGCAAGGGACCCUUCAAAGCCAACUGUGUGGGGAGGAGAAAGUGAUCCAACAAGUGCUCCGUGGAGAGGAAACACAAGGUGAAGGCAGGAAAAGAAGUGAUGGAUCACUCCAAACAGACACAGUACGGCUCAAACGAGAAGAAAGACAGCGGGGACACCGGCUCCGUGCUGAACGGACACUUUGACGCGAUGGUGAAGCGGUCAGCCGGCGGCACCGUGCGCCCCGCCGCCCCCCAGCCUCCGGGCGCGGAGUCCGGUGCGCACCGGCCGGCCGCCUCGGUGAUGGAGUGCUGGAGGGAGGAGCGCACCAGGAGCGUGGAGGACAACGAGAUGAGCCUGCCGUCCCUGGCCGCGGCUUACACCACCAUCCUGCGGGGGCUCGGGGAGGACCCGCAGCGGCAGGGGCUCCUCAAAACCCCCUGGAGGGCUGCCACCGCCAUGCAGUUCUUCACCAAGGGCUACCAGGAGAAAAUUAUCGACGUGCUGAAUGACGCCAUCUUUGACGAAGACCACGACGAGAUGGUGAUCGUAAAAGACAUCGACAUGUUCUCCAUGUGUGAACAUCACCUGGUGCCCAUCUUCGGCAGGGUUCACAUCGGUUACCUCCCCAACAAGAGAGUUCUGGGCCUCAGCAAGCUGGCCAGGAUUGUUGAGAUCUACAGCCGUCGACUACAAGUUCAGGAGAGGUUGACCAAACAGAUUGCUGUGGCGAUCACCGAGGCCCUGCAGCCCACCGGCGUCGGCGUGGUCAUCGAGGCAACUCACAUGUGCAUGGUGAUGCGAGGCGUUCAGAAGAUGAACAGUAAAACCGUCACCAGCACCAUGUUGGGAGUUUUCAGGGAAGAUCCAAAAACCCGAGACGAGUUUCUGACGCUGAUCAGGAGCUGAGGAGGAAGAAGCACCUCCUCUUCAUUCUCCUGUUGCCUGAAGUUACCUCCACCUGUGUGUAUGUGUGUGCGUGCAUGUGUGUAGUGUGUGUGUGUGUGUGUGUUUCCCUCUCACCAAAGGCAGUGACAGAGUGUGUACUGUGUUUUCAGUCCGAGUUUUGUUUGAGGCCGUGCGCCGACAUGUUUACUUACCGACGGGACAGACUUUACCCCCUGUUGUCCACGUGUGUUGUGGGUGCUCAUCAAUCAAAUAUCGGUCUUUGGCCUUGAAAUAGAGACGGUGAGUUUAACGGAAAGAAUCCACCCUGAAAAAUAUAAUCACUUGUUAUACUAUUAUUAAAAAGAUUAAAACCAACUGUUGCAUUUCUAGAUGACAUGCUUUCUAGUUUAAAGGUCCUUUACAAAGAGCAUGUCACAAAUAAAGAAGACAAAAAUGUGUUUAACGUUUACAGUAAUACUUAAAUAAUAGUUUUUGAGCUCAGUGAUGUUUUAGAUCAACACAGAACAGUGAGAGCUCUUUUAAACAAAACUGUAAAUCCAAGAUUCUCGCAAAUAAUUGGAGGCAUAUUCACAAAACAUCAUGAGGCUAAAAGUAACUCCUAACUGUUAUAGUGUGCAGAAACCAAAAUAAACUAAGAUUUGAUGGCCGUAUCAGUGAGUCCACAAAGCAUUUUAGUGCGAAAACCAGUUAAUGUGUCUCAUCGCAUUCGUGUUUUCAGAAAAACAAUAAAAGAGAAGUCCAUUUUAACAGAGCGAGAGUUAAUGCGCUUCAUCCAAAUAAUUCAGUAACAGUGGGAAAUAUGGUUUUCACAACUCUCCAGUAAUGCAACUUUGGAAAAAAUGCAGUUUGCAACCUUGAUGAACUUGGAUAUUUCUCCAAACUAAGACACAACUUUGCUUUACAACUCAUCAAGUUAAUAAAUAAAGCCAAUUGUUUGAUUACCCGAUAAAAUGGUGCUAUAUGUACAAUUAGCCGAUUAUGGGAUACAGAUUUUGGAAAAAGAUUCAACGUGCAGAUGGCGUUUGAUGCCAGAUACAAUAAAAUACUCGACAAGUCACAGAGCGGUCACCUGUCAGCCAAUCACAGAGGACAUAGUGAGUGAGAUCAUUCAUGAAACAUGGUGUCAGCCGGAGUAACUCUCAGCAGCUUUCUGAAAAGCUCUUAAGAAGAGGGUCUAAAGAACUUUUAACGUGUUGGUGAGAUCAGAUACUUAUUUAAUGUCAAAUAUCUUUAGGUAUUUGACUGUUGGUUGGACAGAACAAGCUAUUUGAAGACGUCACUUUGGGCUCUGGGCGACAUGGGCGACAUUUUAUAGACUAAACAACUAAUUGAAGAAUUAGAAAGAUUAGGAGGAGAAUGAAGAAGGAUUAUUCAAUAGAGAAAAUAAAAUCCCUUUGUUUAAAUCUUUUCACUUGCAUUUGAUUAUGUUGUUGUGAUGAACGGCACUUUAACACUCUGUCACAUCUCAGAAACCACAGUCCUUGUUAUUCAGGACUGUUUGGUUGCUGAGAUUAUCAGUUGAUUUAAAACCAGAACUGAAAUCAUGAAGUUUGUAUUAUAAAAACAAACAAAAAGAGCCAUUUAAAUAUGAAACAUCAUGAAAUGUUUGGUGCAAAACCAAACAUGGGCAGACUGCAGUAAAUCCACUGCUUCUGAAAAUGACACUAUUAUUCUCAUUUUUACAUUAAAAUCUUGUUAAUAUUAUGGUCCUGUGGAAGGAUCUGCCUGUAUGUGCCAAAACAAAAACAAAAAAAAAAAGACUUCGGUGCUGCAGGCUCACCGCUGUCUGAAAACAAACUCAAUAUUUUAAUUAACUUGAGAGGCUAAUUAAAUGUGUGUGUGUCAGUGUGUGUUCUUUACACUUUUCAUCCCAGCAGAUGAACCGUGUGGAGACUAAUGUGUGUGUGUUGUUCAGUGACUUUGUGUUUACUCGUGUAGCAUAUUUUUGCAUCUUAAAGCGUUUUAACGUUGCCAGACAGACUUUGGGAGGUUGUGUAAUGUCGUGACAGAAGUUGUGUGUGUGUGUGGUCGUCGUGUGUGUGUGUUUGUUUGUUGGGAGGAAGAUGAACGCUAACAAACGGCUCUGAUGUUGUUUUUGUGGCCUUGUUGAGAAGGACGGCCUGUUCUUCACCAUCAUUGUCACUUUAUGUAUGUGUUAAUUAAAAAAACUUUUUAAUCAAAGAAAAUAAAUCUCAAUGUGACGCCGA